AGGGGGCGCGCGGAGAGAGAAAGAGAGACGGAGAGAGAUAGAGAAAGGAGGAGGGGGGUGCGUUCUGAAAUAAUAUAGUCAGCCAUUUUUUAUGUAAGGGGAUUUUUUCUUAUUGGGGGGGUUGUUAAAAAAUAAAUAUAAGAGGGCGGCCAUCUUUGUUGCUCUGCCUAGUGUAAAAUAUUCCAAAACGCCCCCCACUUUUUUCUGUGCCGAUUUGAAUAUUAAAUAAAUAUCAUAUAUUCGGGCAAGAAUACGCUUUUUUGAAUACAAGGACGGAUCCAAUGACAGGAAUAUAAUGUCCUCUCCUCUCCGGUCCUGUGAGGAAGACGAGGGCAUGGUGGUUAAUUCCGAGGGAGGAGAUUUUGAUGAAGAAGACGACGACGGAGACCUAGACGAGAACGCAAGCGACAUAAACUCGCCGGCGGCGCCUCGGGAAACUGCAACACCAGCCGCGCCAGACGAAGAGGCAGUGUUAUCAGACAGAGAGGUCCCGUGCAGGAAGAAAGGAAGACCCAAGAAAAAGAAGGACACAAAGAAGAAGGACAAAGAGGGGAAACCUGUCAAAGCAAAAAAACGCAAGAAGAUUGACAGUGAUGUAGAGAGAGACACAGAUAGAGAGAGAGACUACGGCGAGAACUCAGACAGUGUAGCCAGUGACUAUGGAUCUGGAGAGAAAAAGAAAAAGAAGAAACAUAAAGAAAGGAAGGAGAAGAAAACCAAGAAGAAGAAAAAAGAUGACGGGGGCCGAGACAGCAGUCAGGAGGAAACAACAAAGCAACCAAUAGAGCAGAAGACCUCGGCCCAGCUGGCAAAGGAGUGGGGUCUGGAGGAUGUUGAUCAUACCUUCACCGAGGAAGACUACAGGGAGCUCACCAACUACAAAGCCUUCAGCCAGUUCAUGAGGCCGAUGAUAGCCAAGAAGAACCCUAAGAUCCCCAUGUCAAAGAUGAUGACCAUCCUCGGGGCCAAAUGGAGGGAGUUCAGCUCUAACAACCCCUUCAAGGGCAACGCUGCUGCUGUCGCAGCGGCCGCUGCUGCUGCUGCCAUUGCCGUCGCCGAGCAGGUCUCUGCAGCGACCGCCUCGCCUGAGCCGCCGCCGCCGCAGCCGCCACCAAUCAGAAAGGCCAAGACGAAAGAGGGCAAAGGUCCUGGCUAUAAGAAGCGCAGUAAAAGUCCUCGAGUCCCAGACAAGAAAAGGGCUCUAGCAAAGGCUAAAAAGAUGGCACCCAUUCGUAUCAAACUGUCACCCAUAGGUGCCAAGAGGAAGAAGAGCUGCUCAAGUGAGGAUUUGGACGAGGAUGAGUCUGAGCAGGAGGACUCCAGCGUUCACAGCUCCUCCGUUCGCUCUGACAGCUCUGGCCGUGUCAAGAAGAACAAGCGAGGACGGCCUGCCAAGAAGAAGAAGAAAAUCCCAGGUGAAGAGGAAGGGGACGGCUAUGAGACCGAUCACCAGGACUACUGCGAGGUGUGUCAGCAGGGCGGAGAGAUCAUCCUGUGUGACACUUGUCCCAGAGCUUACCACCUCGUCUGCCUUGAGCCUGAGCUGGACAAGGCGCCCGAGGGCAAAUGGAGCUGCCCGCACUGCGAGAAAGAGGGAAUCCAGUGGGAAGCAAAGGACGAGGACUUUGAGGAAUUUGAGGAGGACAGCGAGGACAGAGUGAUUUCAGAGGUUGGGGUUGGGAUCCCCCCUGGGGCGGAGGAGGAGGAUGACGACCACAUGGAGUUCUGUCGGGUGUGUAAAGACGGAGGUGAACUGUUGUGUUGCGACACCUGCACCUCGUCCUACCACAUCCACUGUCUAAACCCACCACUGCCGGAGAUCCCCAACGGAGAGUGGUUGUGUCCGCGAUGCACGUGUCCGCCAAUCAAAGGUCGCGUCCAGAAGAUCCUCCACUGGCGGUGGGGAGAACCUCCACCUCCCAUUCCUGUUCCCCCUGCUCCUGAUGCUCCACCUGAUGCACCACCACCACCACCCAUGAAGGGCAGAGCUGAGAGGGAGUUCUUUGUCAAGCUGGUUGCACAGUCCUACUGGCACUGCACCUGGAUCACUGAGCUCCAGCUGGAGAUUUUCCACUCGGUGAUGUACAGGAACUACCAGAGGAAGACGGACAUGGACGAGCCUCCCAGUCUGGAUUAUGGCUCGGGAGGAGAGGAUGAGAACGGAGUGGGAAAGAGCGAAAAGAGGAGGGCCAAGGACCCCCAGUACGCCAUCCUGGAAGACAAGUACUACAAAUAUGGCAUCAAACCUGAGUGGAUGAUGAUCCACCGCAUCAUCAACCACAGUGUGGAUAAGAAGGGGAUGUACCACUACUUGGUCAAGUGGAGAGACCUGACCUACGACCAGUGUACCUGGGAGAGAGACGACAUGGAGAUCCCUGAUUUUGCAAUUUACAAGACCAACUACUGGAGACACAGGGAUGCAAUAAUGAAGGAGGAUCCAGACAAACCCAGGAAGAUGAGGAGCAAGAACCAGGAGGGUGAAGAGGAGUCUCCUGCCUCUCCUGUCACUGACCCUACGAUAAAAUACGAGGAGCAGCCAGACUUUGUCACAUCGACAGGCGGGACGCUGCAUCUGUACCAGCUGGAGGGUCUGAACUGGCUGCGGUUUUCCUGGGCUCAGGGCACAGACACCAUCCUAGCUGAUGAGAUGGGCCUCGGCAAGACCAUCCAGACCAUUGUCUUCCUAUACUCACUUUUCAAAGAGGGCCACACUAAGGGCCCAUUCCUGGUCAGCGCUCCGCUCUCCACCAUCAUCAACUGGGAGAGGGAGUUUGAGAUGUGGGCACCUGACUUCUACGUGGUGACGUACACGGGGGACAAGGACAGUCGAGCUAUCAUCAGAGAAAACGAGUUCUCCUUCGACGACACUGCCGUCAAAGGAGGAAAGAAGGCUUUUAAACUGAGGAGAGAGGCUCCCAUUAAAUUCCACGUGCUGCUGACUUCAUAUGAGUUGGUGACCAUCGACCAGACGGCGCUCAAGUCCAUCGACUGGGCCUGUUUGGUGGUGGACGAGGCUCACCGCCUUAAAAACAACCAGUCCAAGUUUUUCAGGCGUCUGAAUGACUAUAAGAUCGACCACAAGCUGCUGCUGACAGGAACUCCUCUUCAGAACAACCUGGAGGAGCUGUUUCACCUGCUCAACUUCCUCACACCCAACCGCUUCAAUAACCUUGAGGGCUUCCUGGAGGAGUUUGCCGACAUCUCUAAGGAGGAUCAGAUCAAGAAGCUCCACGACCUGCUGGGGCCUCACAUGCUGCGGAGGCUGAAGGCCGACGUCUUCAAGAACAUGCCCGCCAAGACCGAGCUGAUUGUCAGAGUGGAGCUGAGCCCUAUGCAGAAGAAAUAUUACAAGUUGAUUCUGACCAAGAACUUUGAGGCUCUGAACUCUAAAGGCGGAGGAAACCAGGUCUCCCUGCUCAACAUCAUGAUGGACCUAAAGAAGUGCUGCAACCACCCCUACCUCUUUCCUGUUGCUUCCAUGGAAGCCCAAAAAACACCCAGCGGUGCUUAUGAGGGGUCGGCCCUCACUAAGGCGUCGGGGAAACUGAUGCUGUUGCAAAAGAUGCUGAGGAAACUGAAAGAGCAGGGGCACCGAGUACUGGUCUUCUCCCAGAUGACUAAAAUGCUGGACUUAUUAGAGGAUUUCCUGGACUAUGAAGGUUAUAAGUACGAGAGAAUCGAUGGAGGCAUCACAGGAGCACUGAGACAAGAGGCCAUUGACCGCUUCAAUGCUCCUGGUGCUUGUCAGUUUUGUUUCUUGCUCUCCACCAGAGCAGGAGGUUUGGGCAUCAACUUGGCCACGGCAGACACCGUCAUCAUCUUCGACUCUGACUGGAACCCUCACAACGACAUACAGGCGUUUAGUCGAGCCCACCGAAUCGGACAGGCCAACAAGGUGAUGAUCUACCGCUUUGUGACCCGAGCCAGCGUGGAGGAGCGUAUCACCCAGGUGGCCAAGAGGAAGAUGAUGCUGACCCACCUGGUGGUCCGGCCCGGCCUGGGAUCCAAGGCCGGCUCCAUGACCAAACAGGAAUUGGACGACAUCCUCAAGUUUGGAACAGAGGAGCUCUUCAAGGAUGAGGGAGAAGGUAUGAAGAACAGUUCAGGGGACAAAGUUGAGGAUGAGGGCAACGUGAUCCACUACGACAGCACUGCCAUUGAGAGGCUGCUGGACCGAAGCCAAGAUGCCACAGACGACACGGACGUCCAGAACAUGAACGAGUACCUCAGCUCUUUUAAAGUGGCCCAGUACAUGGUCCGAGAGGAGGAUAAGAUCGAGGAGAUCGAGCGGGAGAUCAUCAAACAGGAGGAGAACGUGGAUCCAGAUUACUGGGAGAAACUGUUGCGGCACCACUACGAGCAGCAGCAAGAGGACCUUGCGAGCAAGCUGGGUAAAGGCAAGAGGAACCGCAAGCCUGUCAACUACAACGACGCUGCACAGGAAGACCAAGAGUGGCAUGCUGACAUUUCAGAUAACCAGUCCGAGUAUUCAGUGGGCUCCGAGGAGGAGGACGAGGACUUUGACGAUCGACCAGAAGGUCGAAGGCAGUCACGCCGCCAGUUGAGGAAUGAGAAGGAUAAACCUCUGCCUCCUCUUCUGGCCAGAGUUGGAGGCAACCUUGAGGUGCUGGGCUUUAACACACGCCAGCGAAAGGCUUUCCUGAACGCAGUGAUGCGCUGGGGGAUGCCGUCUCAGGACGCUUUCGCUUCUCAGUGGCUGGUGAGAGACCUCAGGGGCAAGACUGAAAAAGAAUUCAAAGCUUACGUGUCCCUCUUUAUGCGUCACUUAUGUGAGCCGGUGGCUGACGGCGCUGAGACGUUCGCAGAUGGUGUCCCGAGGGAGGGCUUAUGUCGCCAGCCGGUCCUCACUCGAAUCGGCGUCAUGUCCCUCCUCAAGAAAAAGAUUCAGGAGUUUGAGCAUAUCAAUGGGCGGUGGAGUCUUCCAGAGCUCAAGCCUGAGGUCAGUGUGGACAAAUCCUCCUCCAGGGCGUCCUCUCCUGCAGUGAAGACCGCCACGCCCACCCCAGACGCCAGCUAUAACAACACACCGUGCACCUCCAAGCCAGCGACCCCUGCACCAGCAGACAAGAUAGAAAAGAACGGAAAAGAGGGAGAGAAGGAGGAGGACAAAGAGGAAGGUGAGGUCCCGCCGGAGAAAGACAAGGUGAAGGAGAAGGAUGAGGGGAAAGAGGUGGACAGCAGCAAGACUGGAGACCCUGAAGAGCUCUCCUCCUCGACAAAAGAGACGCCACAGAGUGCAUCACCUGGUCAAAAAACUGAAGGGAAAGAAGAGAGUGACCUGAAAGAGGUGGAGAAGAAAGAAACAAUGGAAACCCCAACUGCUGCGACAGAGGAGAAGAAAGUGCAGGAGGAGAGCAAAGAGGAGACAAAACAAACAUCAAAGCAAGAUACAGAUUUCAAAGAGGAGAAAUCAGAGGGAGAGAAGGUGGGGGAGGAGAGGGAAAAAGACAAAGAAAAGCGUGAAGAGACAGCCGCGGCAACGGAAUCGACAGAUCCCAAGGACAAGUCCGAGGCGGCUGACGUGAAGAAAGAGGAGGUCAAAGGUGAGAAGGAUGGUGGGAAAGAAGUCAAAGCAGCUAAGGAGGAGGCACCCAAGGGCAACGGGAAGCCUCCGACUGAGCGACCUCGCUUCAUGUUCAACAUCGCAGAUGGUGGCUUUACUGAGCUGCACACUCUCUGGCAGAACGAGGAGAGGGCUGCCAUCUCCUCGGGGAAGAUGAACGAGAUCUGGCAUCGCCGACACGACUUCUGGCUGCUGGCGGGAAUUGUGAUUCACGGCUAUGCCCGGUGGCAGGACAUCCAGAACGAUCCCCAGUUCGCCAUCGUCAACGAGCCUUUCAAGUCGCAGGCGAAUAAAGGCAACUUCCUGGAGAUGAAGAACAAGUUUCUAGCUCGACGCUUUAAGUUGUUGGAGCAGGCGUUAGUGAUAGAGGAGCAGCUGCGGCGGGCGGCCUACCUGAACAUGACCCAGGACCCCAGCCACCCAGCCAUGGCCCUCAAUGCACGCUUUGCAGAGGUGGAGUGCCUGGCGGAGUCACACCAGCACCUCAGCAAGGAGUCGCUGGCAGGCAACAAGCCAGCCAACGCUGUCCUGCACAAAGUGCUGAACCAGUUGGAGGAGCUGCUGAGUGACAUGAAGGCUGACGUGACACGGCUACCGGCCACUCUGUCCAGAGUUCCGCCCAUCGCCGCCCGCCUGCAAAUGUCCGAGAGGAGCAUCCUCAGCCGACUGGCCAGCAAGGGAACUGAGACGCACACACCCCCGCCCAUACCUCCGGGACCCUACGCUACCCCUCAGAACUAUGGGGCCCCCUUCACCCCUGCCCCACCGAGCGCCCUACACAUGGGAGGGGCCAACUACAGUCAGAUGCCACCUGGAUCCUUCAUAUCAGAAGCCGCUGCCGCUGCUGGGGCCACCGGGGGAGUUGCUGGGGGAGCCACCGGAGGGCCUACCGCUGCCGGUGUCUGCCAGAAGACCAAGGAGCAUGAUGUGGUGCAGCGGCAGCGGGUGGUGGACCUCUGGAAGGACGGCAAGUCAGAAGGGGCCAUCGGGCAGGAGCUGAGGAUGCCUAAGUCCACGGUGCACAGCAUCAUCGUCAAGUACCGGCUCAGCAACACGGUGGAGAACCUACCGCGCAAUGGGCGACCAAAGAAACCCUGAGGUCGGAGGGGGAGACUCGCCAAGAGGGAACAAGAAAGGAAGUUUGGAUAAAAGAUCGUGGAAUGUAACAAAAAUAGAGACUGACAAGGAGACGGUGGGAGCUGAAAAGGAGAGACAAACACCUGAACAUAUAGGGAGGAAGUUCAAAAAGGAUCCGAGGACAAGGCACUUUGACUCUGCUGGAAAGUGAGGAGUAUAAGGGAGAAGUAAAGCUCACUGGAUGGAUCAAAUAAGCACAGGAGACAAGAAAGCAAAAAAAGAAAAAGAUCCACAAAAUAAAACAAUCAAUCAACCACUGAGGGAGAGGGGAAGGGAGGUCCAAGAUACAAAGGGAGAGGUGAAAACUGGCCCUGAGAUCAAGUCCUAAUGAUGCGUGGGGGGAAAAUGAGGCAGAGAGACAGAAAAAAGGGAGAAGCGACCUGUCUGGAACAAACAAAUCCUCGGGCAAAGAGAAAAGGCGCUACUGAAACACAGCCCAAAAAUGUGACUUUGAGAGGAGAGGUGUCUGGACUGAAGAAAGAAGGAAAAAAGGACUGUAUGUUAAUGCAAUCACAGGUUUUCAGGAAUUCAGAUACCAAGGCCGAAUCGAAGAAAAAUGCAACAAAGGAGGAUUUUUUUUUUUAUUCCUCUUCGGACAGAUUUCUCGAGACUUCUUUUUCUGUUUCUCCUCCUGCGCCAAAAAAGAUUUCCCCCCAGAUCAAUUCUUCAUCCACCGGCUGACUGAACAAGCCUGUCCCCUUGCUCUGACCCUGUACUCCCUCAUUCCACCACAGUCCUCCUCUCCUCCGUUCCUCUUUCUCAGUCUCGCACACACAUAAAUACACUCGAGACCUCACACACAACCUGAAAACCUGCAGAGAAGUUCAUUUAUCUGCUGAGUAUGAGCAGAUGAGAUCCAGACUCAAAAUAGAAAGGGACAAACUGGAUUCAGAUUAUCCUGCAAAAAUGAAAGAAAGAAAGGGAAAAAAAAUAGUUUUCUAAGUAUAAAACACUACUUCCCAUGGACUCUUUUGCCCCAGCAUUCCUAAGUCCAACCAAGCGUAGAAGCAAGAACCAUAUAUAUAUUAAAAAAACUGAGACGUUGCCUUUGUACAACAAUCAGUAGCAAUGUUGCUGUGACCCAGUCCUGGGCUGGUAUUGAGAUAUGUACUGUAUUACCGAGCAUAUUUACUAUUGCACCUUUUUUUUGAGGGGUCACUUAAGGGGGAAUAUCACUCAAGUGAAGUAUUUACAUUUCCUGUUUUUAAGUCUCAUCACAGCAAAACUCAGUAUUUAUGAGCAGCUCUUCCCCAAAGCUAAAGACUGUAAUCUGUCACCAAAAGAAAAAGGGAGCCUCACUUUGAAGCCCGAAGAGACAUUUUUGUUCUUCGAGCUUCUUUAUUGUGACAGUGUGAUGGAUUCCACGCUGGAAAAUGUCCCCUGAUCCCAGAGAAAAUAAAACACUCUGGACUCUGUCAUCGUUUUUCCAGCUGUGUGUGUGUGUGUGUGUGUGUGCGUGUGCGUGUGUGUGUGUGUGUAGUAGAGCUGUACAUCAGUGUGACAUCCCAGAGUGGGGAGCAGGACAAACUCUUCUGCUUCGUUUCUGGAAAGAGGAAAAGUGAACAAUCAGUUACAGAGUCCAGAGUUUUUGGGGGCUUUUGAGUAUUUUUAAGCUAAAAUUGAGUGGUAUUUCCCUUUAAGCUUGAAGGAUAUAAAGACCAGUAGUGUGGCAUUGGUGUGGCCUGCAAUGAGAAUAUACUGUGUGUGUGUGUGUGUAGGUUGAGGAAGGCUGUAUGUGUGUGAAUGUAUUUUUAUGUGCGUGUUUGUGUGCAUGUUAGCACUCCCAUGUUUAUCAAAAGUAUCAUUUAACGUUUUUGAUAUUGGUUCUGUUGUGAUAACCAAGUAUCUUUAUGAAUUUCAAAUGCUGUUUUACUUUGAGGAAUAUAAAUGUUUUUCUAUAAACCCCUUUUUUUCUAUUUCACAAAAUAAUCUAAACUUCACGAAUGCAUCAGAGUUUAAUUCUGUCUUAAAACAGGGAACAAGAAUUUUGCCUAAAUAUAAUACAGUCUAAAAUUAACCAAAUUUAGCAGCUAAUAGCCAGAUAUUUUCUUCAGGGGUUGGUUGAGACCAAAACAAGAGCUAAAAAGGGACAAUAUUGACUUACAUUGGACAGAAACACAAACUGGAAAUGAAGGUUUGUUGUCUCCAUGUCUGCUUGAUGUGUAAAAAGUGUUUGAUAACAUGCUAGCCAUUUCAACUUUAUAAGGUGAUAAUAUGUGAAUGUUGUACUGCCUCCAACUGCUCAAAAUAAUCAAGUAAAUGCAGGUUUAAAUCAGGCAGUAUGUAAUAAAAGCAACCAAGACGAAGAAUCUUAUCAAACAUAUCAAGCAGAUACUCAGCCUUAAAAGAAAACAUGACAAGCAUAGACAUGCAUGGAGAUCACUUCUUUAAGAGUGAUGCCCCUGAUUGAUCAUUUCACCUCCAACUGAAACUCUGACUGCUUUCUCAGUCGAUUAAGAAACUCCUGCAACUCAUGGAUUUAUGAAACUCUUUUGAACUCUCAGUUGGACGGGCUCUUAAUUCUAAAAUCAAGCCUGUGCUUCUUUAGUUCCUGAAAAGUUGACAGUUCAGAGACACAAGGUUGUUCCUGAUGAAUGAUUUUGGCAUGGACACGCUCACGCAGAGCUUUUCAGCAAGCAAAAAUGCUCCGUUUCCUGCCAAGAUGGCAGCUCUCACUUCUAUCAGAUAGUAGGCAGGACCUACAGGGGAGAGGCGCAGGCUCGCAUUUUGGCCAGGAAUUUUUUUUAUUGCCUUUCUGGACUUUACAUACUCCAUCCCGUGCAGCCCCAGAGUUUUUGGGCUAGGAAAGUAAUAAAAUUGGUAGAAGUUUUAGGAAUUCUUGGAGUUAUGUCCAAGAGUGGUUUGCUGCAUUUAUCAUAGUUUCACUGUAACUACAAAUAUAUCACUGCCAGCCUAAUUUGAGACCAGAAAAUGUUUAUCUGUCUAACAAUGUCUGCUGCUACUGUAAUGCUGUAGGAAGGCUCGGGAGAGCAAGUGAUUUGUAUGGAGGAGGAGGAGGAAUUUGGUUGGACUGGGGUGAAGUUUUGCAGACUGAGUUUGGCAGUAGAGUGAAACGUACGACGCUGGACUUCGCAGAGGGAAUCUGUUAUCUGGUGUAAUACAGUACAAGUGCUUCAUUGAAUUCCUCCUCCUGUUUUAUCUUCAUGGCUUCUUUGCCUUGUACGCCUUUUUUUGGUAGAGCCCAACUGAUACUGGAUUUUUGUGAGGCCAAUACAAAUACUGAUAUUCAAAGUUAUGAUCAUUUAGUAUUUCAGUCCUGGUGAAGUGGUGGUAGCAGCCAGAACCACGGUUGAUGAUUGAUGAACCGUUAAAUUCCCUCACAAAAACACUGCGUUUCCUUCACAAUAAAAGCCUCACUGUGUUUCAGUAGUUGAAUUUAAAUGUGAACCAGCAGCAAUAGGAAGUGUUAGGUCAGGGUUAUGGUUAUGGUUAGGGUUAACCUAGAUGUGUGCUGAGUGGGACAUUUUGCAGUUGAAAAAUGUACCUGUCAGCGCUCUCUGGUGGACAAAUGAUGUAAUGAUGACACUGUUUAAAUUUCUUCGAACGCUUCUUUCCUUGCUGUUAUAUUGGCUAUGCCGACAUAUCGGUCAGCCUCAGUGUUUUUUUUUUUUUUUUGUCCUCUUCCUUUCCAGAGCUCUCUACUAUUUUUUUCUCUCUUUUUUCAAUCGUCUCUCUCUUCCACGUCUCUAUCUUUUGCCUCUGCAUCUUUUUUCUUUUCUUUUUUUUUUUUUGCUAUGCUCCCUUGAUCUUUCACCCAGUCUUUACCUCGAUUUUGUUUUGCUUCUUAUCAGAUUUAGUCUGCCCCCCCCCCUUCACUCACAUACGCACUCACUGACUCUGUCCUCUCUUUCUUUCUCUCUCUCCAUCCCCUCUGUUGGCCUCCACUGGAAAGAUGCCAUACGUUUUCCCAUAAGUGGUCCCCCCACUGAUUCAAGACCCACACAGUUGUAGCCCCCUUCCACCCUGCACUCCCCCCCCCCCCCAAACAUCCUCAGCUCAAUACACUCCUUAUCACAUCUUUGAUCUGAACGGGGGUGUUAUGACAGUUUAUCUUUCCCUGUGGCGCGAGUGAGAGAAGUGCGCUGUUAGGCUAUUCCUGGCUUUGUUUUGAAAGGAGCGCUAAACUCGCUGUUCCACUCCCCGAGCAGAUCCAUGAGAGCGCACAGAUCCCUGUGCUGGCCAGCUGUGCAGCCGCGUAGAAAGAUCAUUUUUGUGCGUGUGUGUGUUCAUGUGUCUGUCUGUGUGUUUGCUUGUAUGUGUGUGUGUGUGUGUGAGUGCGAGCGAUCCUACUCAUUGCCGGCCUCACUUUCGCCAGGUUAACAGUUAUGCAUUCUGGGAUUUUAUCAUUAUUGUAAACAUGAUACUGUAUAUGUAAUAUGAUAUAUUGAUGUACUGUAUUAUGCAAGUUUGCCCAUU